UUGUCAUGUAACAGUAGGUAACAAUAGCGCAGUUGAACAGCUGAUUAUCUUGGGCAGCUGUAAUUUGAUUCAAAAUUUGCAAACUGCACAAAAAUUGUAAUUAAAUUUAUUAAGCGAAUAAAACUUAUUGUUCUGACUUUUUGUUCAGAGAAAACGUAGUAGCAACAGUUUUUAUAAGCCGGCAAUAAAUAACAAAGAUGUCUAAAGACAAUAGCAGCAUGUCGCACAACUCCAGUAAUAUGUCACUAGAGGAUUGGACGGAUCACAUCAACACACGUCUGGAUGUAAUCUAUAAAGACCUCUGCGACUUUGAACAAAGCGUUACUGCACAAAACGAAACUAACGAUACGGGUGAAGUAAAGCUGAUGGAGCUGCUUGAGGCAGUUAAUGAGAUACAGCGCACCGCCCGCAGUAUACGCCCUAUAACGGGCACAUUGAAGGAUAAGCAAGCGCACAUGCGUGAACAAAUGGAGAUGCUGCAACGGUCAGUAGAGCUAAUGGAAUUGGAGAAUAGAACGCGUGCAGUGGACAUUAUGGAAGAGCCGAUGGAGUGACGGCGGUGUUGCCAUAAACAACAGUUAUAUUAACAGCGAUUAUCUACAUCAACAUAAAUACAUACAUACAACCGAAUACAUACAAUAUUAAGAGGAAUUUAUAGUUGCAGUUGCAGUUUAAUUUUCAAUACUUUUGUAAGAAUUUAACGUAGUAUUAUUAAUUUAACUUGGAAAUAGUUGUAAGUAUGCACGUAUUUUUAUGGAAUAAGUAUAAAAGAUGGCGCAUGGCUGAAAUUAAUAGUUUAAAGGUUUGGUAAUUCGAUGUUAUUUGUUAUUGGAAAAUCGUAAAUCAGUAAAUUGUUUUCUGACUGACGGAGCUUAGUUCGUGCGUUUAACUUACAAUUUAAAUUAUUUUCCGAAUUUAUGUUUAUUGUUAUAAUUAAUU